GCCUUCUACAAAAAUCAAAUUGGCGUCUCCUGCUCUCCCUCAUUUCUUCUAUGGUUUUGUUAAUAUCAGAGUCUGUUUAGUGUCGUAUGGUUUCGUCGAUAGCUAAACCGAUAAAUUCUCCGCGUCUCAAUCAACAGAAAAAUUUGAACACAAGUUUCAGGUAUUGAUUAAGAGAAGCUGUAAUUCAAACAAAAUUAUCUUUUGUAGCUAUGGGAACCAUAUACACUACUUGACAUAGUGUAACGAAGAAUGCCGGGCAUCCCUUUAGUGGCUCGCGAAACUUCAUCAUAUACAAGAAACACGGAUCAAAUGUGCCGCGAAGAUGGUAGAUUGCAUUUAUCCGAAGAAGAAGAAAUGGCAGCUGAAGAGAGUCUUUCUGCUUAUUGCAAACCUGUUGAACUCUACAACAUCCUCCAGCGUCGCGCCAUUCGAAAUCCAUCAUUUCUCCAAAGAUGUUUGAACUACAAAAUACAGGCAAAGCACAAAAGGAGAAUACAAGUAACGAUUUCUCUCUUUGGGGCUCUGAAUGGAGGUGUACUUUCUCAUAGUCUGUUUCCUUUGUACAUUUUAUUGGCAAGAGCAGUUUCUGACUUUGGGGUUUCAGAGUAUUCUGCAGUAUAUCGCUUUCACCGAGCGUGUGUUUUGACAAACUUCGCUGGAGUUGAGGGGAGUGCUCAAGCUCAAGCAAAUUUUGUUCUACCUGAGAUUAAUAAGUUAGAUUUGGAGGCCAAAUCUGGCUCACUUGCUAUCGUGUUUGUUAGCUUUGCUGGAGCCCAAAGUUCUAUGCAUGAUGUUGAUUUAACCAAGGGUCAUUUGGAAAAUGUUGGAGGAUGCUGCCUAUUGGGCACUUUGCCGCUGGAAUCACUUUGUAUGUCAUGGGAGAAGUCGCCAAACUUGAGUUUGGGACAAAGAGUGGAGGUGACAUCACAGGUUGACAUGAAAUCAUGCUUCUUGAAGCUAAUCUGUUUGAAUGAGGACAAAUGUCUUUCAGUUCAAAUUCCAUGUAGUGUGGAAACUGUGAAUACAUCACAACACCUUCAAGUCAACAUUUCUGCAGAAGAGGUUGGGGCUAAAGAAAAAUCUCCAUAUCAAUCAUACACAUGCAGUGACAUGUCUUCUUCAUCUCUAUCUCAUAUUAUUAGGCUGAGGGCUGGAAAUGUAAUUUUCAACUAUAGGUAUUACAAUAAUAAGUUGCAAAAGACUGAAGUAACUGAAGAUUUUUCUUGCCCAUUCUGCUUGGUAAAAUGUGUGAGCUUUAAGGGUCUCAGAUAUCAUUUGCCUUCAUCACACGAUCUCUUCAACUUUGAAUUUUGGGUUACCGAAGAAUUUCAAGCUGUAAAUAUAUCAGUGAAGACUGAUAUCUGGAGAUCUGAGAUUGUUGCUGAUGGCGUUGAUCCAAAGCAGCAAACGUUCUUCUUUUGCUCAAAGAAACCAAGGCACAAAAGACGCAAGAAACUUGUUCAUAAUGCAAAGCAUGUACAUCCAUUCAUUCAUGAGUCGAUCUCCCGCAUUGGUGCCUCUGGUAUUCUGGAUAAGGCUGAUGGUGGGAAGGAUUUGCCUAGUGGCAGCAUUAGUGCUGCAGCAUGUGCCGAACAUGUUCCUUCCAGCUUUGAUGUUGUUGGGGUUUCAGGUGCAUAUCCGGAUCCUGACUCUGUUCAAUCAGGAUCUGGAAAUAAUUUUGCACCUCCUGCCAUGCUGCAAUUUGCCAAGACAAGAAAAUUAUCUAUAGAACGGUCUGAUCUGAGGAACCGUACACUCCUUCACAAACGACAGUUUUUUCACUCACAUAGAGCUCAGCCAAUGGAAAUUGAGCAAGUAUUGUCAGAUCGGGAUAGCGAGGAUGAAGUUGAUGAUGACGUUGCAGAUUUUGAAGAUAGAAGGAUGCUUGAUGAUUUUGUGGAUGUUACUAAAGAUGAGAAACAAAUGAUGCACUUGUGGAACUCCUUUGUCAGGAAGCAGCGGGUGCUGGCAGAUGGGCAUAUCCCUUGGGCAUGCGACGCAUUCUCAAGAUUACAUGGGCAUGAUCUUGUCCGAGCUCCAGCCCUGCUUUGGUGUUGGAGAUUAUUUAUGAUCAAGUUAUGGAAUCAUGGUCUUCUGGAUGCACGUACCAUGAACAGUUGUAAUAUUACUCUUGAGCAACACCAAAAGCAGGAUCUAGAUCCUCUCAAAAGCUAGAGAUAUUACCUCUUUUUUCUUUUUUCUUUUUUUUUUUGGUUGGCAGUCAAAGAAUGAAUGAAAAGUAAAGAGGAAGGCUGUUCUCUUCAUUUGGAUGGUCAAAUCCUAGAGGCCUUUCCUACUUCUCUUCAUGGGGGUUUGAUAGCCUACUUUGCCUUUUAUCUUGUUCCAUUGUUGUACCUUUUUUGGUGACUAAAUAAAUUCAAAGCCUUUUUUUUUUUUUUUUAUAAACAUUCGCACCAAAAAAAUCAAGACAAUGAAUUACUUCUAUUAUUGCAUUUCUUGUGCUUGA